ACAAAAAUAUAAACAAAGAUUAAAAAUUCAAAUACAAAACAAAAAUGUUAAAGUUAGCUAAGAAAUUUCCCUUAAAUGCUUUCAUCAUAAGAAAAACUCGAAAAGCUACGAAGAAGUCGCUCGGGAAUUAAAAAACCAACAAGCCAACAAGCAAAUUAAAAAACAAACAAGCAAACAAAAUAACACACUAAUACGAAAGCAACAAUCAUGGUGGAAAUACAAAAGCCGCAUUCGGCUCUUAAGCGGCCAUCGCUAAAACGCGAAACAGUCGUGGUUAACAAUAGUGCACCCACCAUUAAAAAGGUGACGCUGGUGCCCAAGGAUGAGGAAUUGGUGGCCAUAUCGCCCGAGCGUCGCAAUUGGCGUGGCAUCUUUAUAGCCCUGCUGGUUAUCGCCGCCGUCUUCAGCUUGAUCAUCUUUUCUAUAUUUCUGCUAUCGCCCGAGGAUGAGGGCCUGCGCAUUCGCGGACGCCGAAUGUUGCCCAGCGACAUUCUAAGCAAAAGCCUGCAAUGGAAGCCAUUCAACGGCACCUGGAGCAAUGAUCACGAAUUAGUCUAUCGCGAUCCGUCGGGUGGUCUGUCCAUACUUAACAUGACGGAUUAUACCACGCGGAUUCUUAUGACCAACUCCACGUUUCGCCAACUGAACGCCGAAUCGUUCCUGGUAGCACCGGAUCAGAAGUACGUAUUACUGCAAUCGGAUAGCAAUGUCGAAGGCUCCAGGCACCACGUUUACGAGGUGCAAACGGCCAACACAUUUCCACUGGGACCAACGGAGAAUAUUGCGGAAGCACCGCGUCUGCAGCACGUGAUUUGGGCGCCCAUCAAUCCACCACCACCACCACCGCCGCCGCCUCCUUCAGCAGCAACGGCAGCAGCAACGCCGGCCACAUCGACCAUGUCGCCGCUGCCCAACGGCAGUAUUAUUCUGAACAGUCUGGCUGGAGCUGCAGCAGGCGGUGCGGGCAAGCCGACGCCCACAACCAACGCCAAUGGCUCUGCCAAUGGGAGCGGUCCGAGCAAUGGGAAUGGCGGCACCAAGGCGCCAUAUUCCCUCAACCAGGCCAUCGCCUUCGUCCACCACAAUGACAUCUACUACAAGCCCAAGGUGCAGGGUGAACUUGUCUGCCGCAUCACACAAACGGGCGCUGCGGGCGUUUUCUAUAAUGGAGUGCCCGAUUGGACAUACGAGAAUGUGCCGGAACUGGACAGUCUACGGAGUAGCAUUUCCUUCUCGCCGGACGGUCUCUUUCUCGCCUUCCUCAGCUUCAACGACAGCGAAGUGAAUGAGUACAAAUAUACAUGGAUGGGCGACAAUAUCAAGUACCCGGCGGUGCUGAGCCAACGUUAUCCAAAGGCGGGCUCCCGCAAUCCGAACGUGACGGUGAAUGUGGUCAAUCUGUCGGUGAUCAAGUACAUAUUUCCCACGCAGAUCAAGCUGCCCGUCGAGCUGGGCAAUGACAGCUAUGUGGGCGGCCUGACAUGGGCAUCGCCCAUCGAUUUGUCCGUAACGGUAACGAGUCGCGAUCAGACCAAGGCCACCACAGUUAUAUGCCGCGCACCGCACUUCCACUGCCAGGUGGUGCAUACCGAGGUGACCAUCAACGAUGGCUGGGUAUUGCCCGCCGAGCGUCCGAUCUUCUCGGCCCGCUUGGCCGCCCAGCUGCGGCAGCUGCAGCUGCAGGAGAUGGCCGCGGGCGAGGGUGCGUCGUUCAGUGCCAAUGAGAGCCAGGCGAAUGUCACCAACGGACAGACCACCUACGAGAUCUCCAAUGGCGGCUAUCUGCUGAAGCGAUUGCCUGUGCGCGAUGGCGAACAUGGCCACUAUCGUCAUGUGGUGUUCAUAUCGUCGCUGGACCGCCGGCCCGUGCCGCUGACAAUGGGUCGGUUCGAGGUGACCGAAAUUGUCGGCUGGGACGAGCGGCACGAGAUCGUUUACUUUAUGGCUGCUCCUGAAAGGCGGCCCGGCGAACGCCACCUGUACAAGAUCAGCCUUAAACUAAACGUCACCGAAACGAAUCGCACCUACAUCACAUCGACACAGCCCACCUGCCUUACCUGCGACAACACCGAGUCCACCUAUCGGCUGCAUCGGGCUCGCAGCACCAAUGCCGCCGAAUGGCAGCGUGGCGAGCGCUGGGAGGAGAUUGUGGCCCGCCUGGAGCCGGAUGACUGCAUCUAUGACAUACCCAAGAACUGUUUGUACAAUCGCGUCCAGUUCAGCCGCGACUAUAGCUACUAUGUGCAGGAGUGCUUGGGCCCGGAGGCGCCCAGCGUUUACCUCGUCGAGACGUCCAGCAAUGAAAAGAUCUUUGUGCUGAAUGCUGGCGAUGUGCUGCGCCAUCGUCUAUCCCAGCUGGCGAUACCGCAGACGCGCACCUUUAGCGUCGAGAUACGACAUGGCUUUCAUGCCCAGGUCCGGCUAUAUUUGCCGCCGGGCAUGCGCGAGGAGGAGGAGGUCGCCUUUCCAUUGGUGCUCCAUGUCGACGCCUCGCCGGGCUCUCAGCUGGUCACGGAGCGUUUUCAUGUCGACUGGAACUGGUAUCUGUGCAGCCAGCGCAGCUUUAUUGUUGCCCAGAUCGAUGGACGCGGCAGCGGCUACCAGGGCGAACUGCUGCGCACCCAGGUGCAUGGCAAGCUGGGCACCGUUGAGAUCGAGGAUCAGCUCGGUGUGCUCACCUAUUUGCGCGACAAUCUCAAGUUCAUAGAUCCGCUGCGCAUUUGCGCCUUUGGCUGGGGCUACGGCGGCUACGCCUCGGCCAUGAUGCUUAUCGAUGACUCGCAACAGGUGCUCCAGUGCGCCGUCGCCAUCAAUCCCAUUGUCAGCUUUGGCUAUCACUAUUCCUUUUUCACGGAGCGCUAUAUACCGCUAAAGGGUGACUAUCUGCGCGCCUUGCAGGAGGCCGAUCUCACCAUGAAGGCGGGCAAUAUAAAGGGACGGAAUCUGAUGUUGAUGCAUGGUACGGCGGAUACGCUGGUGCAUCAGGAGCAUACACUAAUGCUGGUGCGGGCACUUGUCGAUCAGCAGGUGAAAUUCCGUCAUCAGGUAUAUCCCGAUGAGGAUCAUGCCAUUGCCAGAUCGCUCAGUCAUGUGUACAAGACAAUGGAAUGGUAUUUCGAUGAAUGCUUCGGCCCCGUCGACGACAACGAGUGGGACCCAACGGGUCUGUUUGUGUUCAAGCAAUAAUUAAGACCCCCCUACGAUCCUUAUGACGAGGAUCCGCUAGCCAAUCAGCUAAUCGACAUCGAACUGGAUCCCGGCGAGCGCAACAACCAGACAACGGCGCUCUCAGCCCUGGAUGAGCUGGACAACAGCCUCCAGGCGCUGGACCUCAUGACCUCAUCGGCAAUGACACUUAGCAAAGUCUCCAGCAAGCUCUGCAACUAUAGUAGCAAACGAAAGCUUCAACAGACCGAAACGACGCUGGCCAAGAAGAUCCGCAUCCUUCAGCAUUAGCAUGUGUGAGUGAGUGCAUGUAUGUGUAUGAAUGUGUGUUUGUGUGUGUAUGUGUGUGUGUGUGUGUGAUUGUGAAUGUAUGUGUGAUUUUUUUUUAAACCCAAUAUGAACAAAGUUGGAUUUUUGUUGUGUUUUGUUGAAAGUUUUAUCAGUAUAUUUUAAGU